CUAAAGUUGACUCCAAGCAAUGUUCAGAUUUCCGGAGUGGUGUUCCUAUUAAUAAUUCAGCCAUGAAUGUUUGCUACAAAAGCUUCUGACACUUGUAGUAUUCGAACGUAGUCUCGCAGUAUUAACAAUACGAUGAUAAGUUCCCAAGAGAAAUGAUUAGGCAGUUCACAAGACACCAGAAAAUCGAAGAAGUUGCCCCAAUAUGCAGACUGAUCUCAUAUUUACUUUAAAAGCGACUGUCCCUUCAAGAUUUACCAUUCAAAUAUAUUUAGGUAACGAUAUAGGUUACUUUUCUGUUUAAGGUUGAUACAGGUUUCAUUGGUUUACUUUAGGUAAGGUGUUAAAUUGUUGUGAGAUUUUCCGCCCAACAAGAAUGAACGGGGAAAUGCGAAACGACACGGCGGGAAGAGGGCUGCCGGUAGCCGGUAAGCCGAUGCAAGAAAGCCCCGAUGUCGUCAAUGCCCCCCAAAAUAAGGAGGGCAGCGGAAGGUCUUUUAAGAAAAUUGUCAACUUACUUCGGGCAACAAGUCGUAUCUUUCCACUGGAGAGAAAAUCUAGCACACGCAAUGGAAGUGUUGAUGCCGAAAGUGGAUCUCAGAUGGAAACAUUGCUUGAAAAGUUUACAGUUCCACCCGAAAGUGAGGAAAACCCGUCAGCCGCACGAAGAUUUACCUUCUGCCAAGGAAUUCCAAUUGCUGGUAGCGACGAAGACGCAUUUACAUUAAAAGUAUCGCACCGUUUCAUAUUUAAUCCUGAAGGCAAACCUCUGUUCAUUUGGUUGGGACUGGUGACGUUGGCUUGGGUUUAUAGUGCGUGGUCUUUGAUAGCAAGACAAGCGUUUUCGGAGCUUAAAAAUACGAUACCGGUAGGUUGGGUGAUUAUGGACUACUCCUGUGACUUCAUUUACGUUCUUGACAUCUUUGUAAGCGCAAGGACUGGCUACCUCGAAAGUGGACUUCUUGUUUUUGACUCAAAGCGUCUCGCCAAGCAUUACUUCUAUUCAAAGUAUUUUGUGCUAGACGUCCUGUGCCUUCUGCCGCUCGACCUCUUGUACUUUACUAUUGGAGCCUUUGAACCUCUGAUAAGGUUUCCCCGUUUCCUAAAACUGUAUCGAGCGAAGCAGUUCUACAGAAAAGCCGAGGGAAUGACGUCUUAUCCUAACGCAUUGAGAGUUAUUAUUCUCAGCCAUACACUCAUGCUUACCAUGCAUUGGUUCGCAUGCUUCUACUAUAUGAUCAGCGAAAGCGAAAAUUUUCAUCUGCCAGUGGGUGAAACUAGAGGGUGGGCUUACCCGUUACAACUUGGAAAAAACGAUAGUGAAUGGUAUACACUCAAACGAAAGUAUCUCCACUCAAUAUACUGGUCUUGCCUUACACUCACCACAAUUGGUGAAAAACAGUCGCCUUCCACAGACAUGGAGUAUAUCUGUACGCUUGCUGCGUAUUUCCUUGGAAUAUUUCUCUUCGCCACCGUUGUAGGACAAGUGGGGAGCGUCAUCUCGAAAAAGAAUGCCAGCAGACAGGAGUUUGAGAAGAUGGUUGACAACGCUAAAACGUUCAUGAAGUCAAAAGGUGUCCCGAAGAGUUUGUGUCGAAGAGUGCUACGUUGGUACGAUUACUCUUGGUCGGUAGGGGCAUUAGAUGGUACAGCUGAUGUCAAUAGUCUUGGAAUGCUGCCUGACACUAUCAAAGUCGAACUGGCAAUUCACGUCAAUUUAACUUCAUUGCGAAAGGUUUCCAUAUUUCGGCUUGCCCAGCCAGAGUUUCUGUAUCAUUUAGUUUUGAAAAUGAAGACGUACAUAUUUACUCCUGGAGAUAUGAUAUGCCGCCAAGGAGAAGCAGCGAGGCAGUUAUACAUCAUAAGUAACGGGAUUCUGGAAGUUGUAAGUGAUUCAGGCACCAUGCUUGCAAGACUAAAGACAGGAGACUUCUUCGGGGAAAUUGGAGUUUUAGAUUUAAUGGGAGGAGUUCGGAAGAGAGUGGCGAAUGUUAGAAGUGUGGGGUACUCUGAGAUCUUCACCAUCUCCGCUGAAGACGUGGAACAAGCGAUGGAAUAUUACCCAGAAGCCAAACAACUUCUCCAAACCUUCGGUCGUCAACGACUUAAGGAAUCAUCAAACAGACCCGAGUCUGUGUCGGAGGCUAAGAGAGUGACCAGUUUUACAAAUUUACAAGCAUUUGCCAAAGGCAAAGCAAGUGAUGAUCCAAAGGCGGCAGUUGCCUUGAAAGCUGCAAAAAAAUGGCGAUCGAUUCGAAAACCAUCAAGAAACGAAAAACAAAAGAAGUCCACAAGUUCUGGGAGUAGAAAAGGGUCACAAGAUGCAACUAUCGAAAAGCAACCAAGCGAGGAAACACAACCUACUACACGACAGCAAAGACCGACGAGUUCCGGUCACAACGAAUUCAAACAAACCACUGAUGUCAGCAAUCGAAGCACUCAAGAAAACGUCUCGGUGUUUCUACGCAACGUGGAGAGUCUGGUUAGAAGAUUUGUGGAGGAAGAAACAGAGAGAAUGGUUCCGAAGUCGGAGGAAGGUGAAGUGAUUCUUCAGCUCAGAGAGGAGCUGAGAGCAAAGAAUCAAGAGAUCAGCAUCCUUCAAGAUGAUGUCAAGUUGCUGGUGGAUAAAAUCAGCACGGCAGCGACUUCCUACGAUCACCCACGGGAGUCGAAAAGUUACUCGGAAACACUGAACAAGAACAACAGUUCACGAAAUUUGUUGAUUUCGAAGCGAACUUAUAGCGUGGACAGCGGACUCGGGAGUAAUUCAUCAAUUUUGUCGCGAAAAAAGAAAAACAUUAUUCCUGUAUCUGUUAUGGAGGACAGUAUUGCUGAGACGAGCGAUGAUGCAGCGGAGCAUCAGGAUGACGUUACAGAUACGUCUUGAUUACGCCACAGUUUCGUCAUGAUUACGUCACAGAUACGUCAUGAUAAAUUAAUGUCACUGGUCACUUUUGUAGCAAAAGAGAUUGAAAUCUAAAACUUUUAUUUCUGGACUAUAAUUUUCGUUCAGCUUGUUCUUACUGUGUGUUUUGGUGUUGAAUGUUAAUCUUUUUAAAUAAAUCGUAUUUCUUAUCAA